AUGUUAUGGUCUUAUCGCAUCUGCUGUUUUGGCAUCAUGAAAAAAUCAUUAGUGAAUGCAUUUAUGAUACUUCACUUAACGGUGUUUGUUGAAAUGAAUAUCUUUGUACGGUUAUAUGCGGGUCAGUUUAAUCUCAGUUUGCCAGGUCAACCGUUUAAUGUCAAAACACAGAAUGAUAUUCAACAACAUUUUACCCGUCAUAAACGUGAAGUUCGUCUAAGUCCAGCCAAAAUUAUUGAGCCACCGAGCAAUGUGAAGGUGAUAAGCGGAGAAACAGCACUCUUCUUCUGUCGUGUAACUGGAAACCCAACCCCUACAGUAAAUUUCCUGCUUGAUCGUCAGGUUAGCCGGACUGCUCCAGGAGUUGGUGGGGUUUUAAAUAUUCCAGAAGGCAGUUUGUUACGCUUAACCAAAGUACAUCGAGGACAGAAUGGUCUACAAGUUCAGUGCAUAACAAGAAAUCAUGUUGGAGGCGAUAGCGCCUCAGCGUAUUUAACUGUGUACGAUACGAAUGACCGGAUACCUGAUGGCUAUCCAGUUAUUCAUGUACCACCGAAAGCUAGUUCAGCAGCCGUUGGUGAUGUGGCUAGAAUGGACUGUGAAGUUUCCGGACAUCCUCAGCCGUCAGUUAUUUGGCUGAAAAAUGAAAUUCCUAUUCAGAGUAAUGACAAACGGAUAACACUUGUUGGCACUGGUUCUCUGUUGUUCGAGCAUUUACUACUGUCAGAUGAAGGACACUAUGAAUGUUUGGUGCAUAAUCAAGCCGGAUCAGUAUUAAGUUCAAAAGCCUACUUAAAAGUUAAAAAUACCUACUUUGUACCUAAAAUAAUCGACAAGGUUGAUCAAGUAGGAGUGCGUUCUGGGCACAAUGCUAAUUUGACAUGUAGAGCGGCAGGAAACCCAACUUCGACUACUAGAUGGCUAACUGAUGGUGAACGUCCUAUUACAGAGUAUACGGAAGGCAUUUCUGUACUAUACUUAGCUGAUAUAACAGAACCUGCUAGAUAUAUCUGUGAAGCAAAUAAUAGUCUCGGGACAGUGCAACAUCCAGUUAGAGUUCAGAUAAUAGAAGUCCCCCCACCUCCAACUGAUUUAGUAUGUUUGGAGAAAGGACCAACGUUUGCAUUUUUACAGUGGUUACCUGCGAAACAGUCUUCGGAUUCUCAUCAAUCUGCUUCACGUACUGUUGAUUCGUACACAUUAUUUUUAACAGAAAUGGAGAAUUCACAGACAGUUGCAAAUAAAAAACAAUUAACAGAUAUACCAGCACGUCAGUUUCAUCUACAUGGAGCAUUACAGUAUAAACUGACAGAUCUAAAGCCGUAUACAAUGUAUUCAGUAGAAGUAUGCGCAGUCAGUAAUCUCUUGGGAAUGUCUGAUCCAAGUAAUAAAGUGAAUUUUUUAACAAAAGAAUUGCCCCCAAGUUCAGCUCCACAUUCCAUCGAAACUGUAGCAACUUCUGAUGAUUCAGUUCUAGUCAGCUGGAAGCCACCGAAAGAAGCAAAUGGGAAAAUUAUUGGAUAUCAGAUUCUGUACAGUCGAAAUCCACAGGCUCCAUUAAUACAAUGGCAAAAAGUGGGAACACAAUUUGAAAGCAUCAAACUUGAAAACCUACUUACCUCAGAAACUUAUCACAUUCGUGUGAGUGCACAUAAUUCAGCUGGUGAAGGCCCUCUGACAGAUUCUUUUCCAGUCUUAGUGAAAUUUGGAAUUCCAUCACAACCGCGCGACUUUAUUGGUUUAAGUUUUAAUCCAAAGGAGAUCCAUCUUAGCUGGAUAGCACCUAAUCUACCCGUGAAAACUGGAUUACAAGACUACCUUUUAAAAUAUCGUUUAGCAGUGGAUAGCACUUCCGACAACGGAGAAAAACAACAGAAGAAACAACAACCAAUGGAGAUUAAACUAUCUGCUGAAUCAACAGAGUAUGUAAUGGAAAAUUUGGUUCCGAAUUCAACGUAUCACAUUUCUUUAGCUGCUCGUACAAAAUAUGGCGCUGGUAUAGCAGCACAGAUAAAAGUUCAUACUGACAGUAUUGUUCCUGGAGCACCAAUUCUACAUGAACUUAGUAUACUGGAUUCCUUCAGUAUACGAAUUCGAUGGUUAGCACCACGUGGUGUUUUGGAUAACAUAAAUGUUUCACAGUAUGUACGUCUUCUCAGCAAUUCUUUAUCGAAGGCUGAAAAACCAUCAAAAGUUUUGCACUACUUAAUUCAGUGGUCAGCAUUUCCAUUUACGGAUUGGGAACAAAAUAAAAUAUCUGUUAAUUACUUAUAUCCUACACAGCAAAUUUAUGAAUACAUUAUUCAUGGUCUUUUAUCACGUACUACAUAUCGUAUCAGAAUAAUGGCUGUUGGUUCAGAGGGGAUGGGUCCUGCUCUUGAAUUGGGUCCAAUUAAAACGAAAGGUCAAGUUCCGUCGGCUCCACGAAAUCUACGCCUCAAUCAGUUGAGAAGAGCUACUCCACCCGGUGCAAGCGAUCCAAAAGCAGACUAUGCAAUCUUGGAGUUAGCGUGGGAUCCCCCAGAAAGAACACAUGGUGACAUUCGAGGUUAUCAAGUGUCUCAUCGUUUGAUUGGUCCUAUUGAUGUUCUGUAUAAUCAUGCAAGUCGUCUGGAUACUGAUUCGAAUUCACGUGUUACGGCUAAACCAGUAAUAAGGAAUGUUACACAAACUGCAUAUACCUCAGGUUUAUCAGAUGGAAUAAAAUUUGGUCGUACCUACCAGUUUGAAGUUGCCGCAUAUAAUGGGGUUGACCUUGGUCUUCCUGCUCAAUUAAAUAUCAGUACACCAGAAGAUGUGCCCGGAAGCUAUCUAUUACAUGUGCGCGUUAAAGGUCUUUCAGCUACUGCUAUUGAAGUUUCAUGGACUCCACCUUCAAGACAAAAGUGGAAUGAAGAAAUUAUGAGCUAUCAGGUUCGAUAUUUUCAACCAAGUGCACCGAAUGAAACCGAAGUUAUAACAACAACACAGGAACCACGUUUGCAAAUUGAAAAUCUUAAAGAGCGUACAUUUUAUACUGUAUUGGUGAGAGCGUUAACUAGAAAUGGAGCAGGACCAUGGUCAGCAGCCAGCACUAUUCGAACUACCGCUGAAUUGCCUGAGCCUCCCUCACAAAUUAAUGGUUUACGAAUUAAUCCAAGACAAAUAAAAGUCACAUGGAAUACAAUGCCUGUAGGUCCUCUAACAAAACCACAAAUACCAAUAACUGGAUUCCGUAUAUUCUAUUCAACAAACGAAAAUACUCAGGAUUUGAACACAUGGCAAGUUCUAGAUGUAGGACCAGUAACGAUGGCUACACUUGACCUGUUAGAUCCACAGAAAGAUUAUGUCAUAAGAAUUAAAUCAAGAGGAGCUGACAGGAGAUAUGGGCGACUGAGCGAAGCCAUUCAUGUUGGAACUUACAAUCCAAAUGAACUCACUGGAAUGAAUAAAGAAAAUAUAAAUAUGCCCGGAUCAGGACCAGAGGAUUUAUCGUGUACAUGGGUUCAAACACUUGAAACGGCGAAACCAGGAGAAGCAAGUCUGAAGAUUGCAUGGAAACGUCCUCGACAGCUUGAAGGCCUUUAUCAGUUUGAGAUUCAGUUGCUUGGUUCAAAAACUUAUACCGAUGAACGUAAUCAUCCACAUCGUAUCCUAUACGAACCGCGAUCAGUGGAAGUGACAGUUUCGAUGUUGGAACAGUCUUCAACCACCUCUGUGAAUACUAAUGGUUAUAUGCCACCUGCCGCAGAAAAUUCUCAUUAUGAAUUAGUAAUUGAUGACCUAGAAGCAAAUACUGUAUACGACGUACAAAUUCGACCUAUUUAUACAAAACAUGCUCAAAGUACAGUCAAUGAGAUUUCAACCUUAACAGGACGCACAAGCUGCCGCACUCAAAUGCUUCCCCCCAUUACGGUCCCACGACCUAUACCAGUCCAAGUGAAACCCGAUACAGGACAGGUAGUUAUUAGAACAUUUCGUGUCUCUGAGAGUCUUGGCCGUAUAAGAAGGUACUACUUGGUCCUAUACAAAGUCGCACCGACAGAGUCACCAAAAAUCACUCCAAGAUCAAAGGAAUUUAACUGGCCACAAAAGCUUCAUGAAGCAUCAAACUCCUGGGAUCCAAACCUUUUUAUUGCGGCCGAAUAUAGUCAAGAAGCGUUUAUUGAACCACAUUUGGAAAUAGUGUUGAAUUUACCAACACCAACGGUUAAACGCUUUAAACGCAUGACAGUGAAUAAAUUGAAUUCUACUAGCAGUCGAACUCACCAAAUGCAAUAUGACAAAGCAACUUCUAGUUCACUACCUGAAGUUCUAGUCCAUGGAAGACAACUGAUUAAAAAUCAAAAGUAUAUGGCAUUUGUCCUAGCAUGUAUUUAUCCAAAUAUGUUGCCUCUAGGAGGAAACACAAAUCAUAUAUUACUGGAUUCAAAUUCAUUAGAUUAUAACAGAGGACAGACUUUAGAAGAUGAAGAGAAUCUUACCACAGAUCUUUGUACGCCAAGUUUAUGGUCAGUAGACUUUCAACCUGAUCAGGCAAUAUCGUAUACAGAUAAACAAAUUGGUGACAUGUAUGCUAGUGAACCAAAGGAAAAUGAUGUCCGCCAGAACAGUGCUAUGCAAAUAUCGAAUUCAAAUACGCAAAGUGAAUUUUUCGCUAAAUUAGCUGGCAGUACAGACUUUUUCACUAUUACACUGAUUGUCGUCAUUGCAAGUCUUAGCAUACUAGCCACAGUUUGCACUGCUGUAGGAUGCUUUUUGAGAAAACGUCGAACAAAACCUAUGGAUAAUGACAUGUCAAUAACAUUAACCCCAUCAGAUGGCAUGUUAAAAACACCUCUGAUGCCUCAAUCAGUUCAGAAUUUUUCAGGAGCCAACGGUGCUGUUGAACACGAUCAAAUGGAUCCUGAAACACCAGAUGUUGUUCCACCGGUCAGUUAUAAGAUAAAUAAUCCUACGCCGAUUCAUACGCCAGUACGUUCUGCCAUACCGAUCUCACGUUUACCAGAACAUGUAGCUAUGCUCAAACGUGACAGUGGAAUAGCUAUAUCAGAUGAAUAUGAAAGUAUUGAAACACGGACAGAUUUAACCUGGAAACAUGCCAACUUGGAGGAGAACAGACCGAAAAAUCGCUAUGCUAAUGUGAUUGCCUAUGAUCAGUCACGUGUCAUUUUAAGUGAAAUAGGUCACGUUCCUGGUUCUGACUAUAUUAAUGCGAAUUUCAUUGAUGGAUAUCAAAAGAAAAAUGCUUAUAUUGCAACUCAGGGUCCAUUGCCAGGAACAUUUUAUGAUUUUUGGCGAAUGGUUUGGGAACAAAAUAGCCGCGUGAUUGUUAUGAUGACACGUCUUGAAGAACGGGCACGCAUAAAAUGCGACCAGUACUGGCCUAAUAGGGGAAGAGAAAUAUUCACUUACCAACAGCAGCAACAAUGUCAACAACAAGAACAUAAUACUAAAACAAAUUAUGAUAUUAAUUAUGCCUCAGUGCCUACAUAUACUGUAAUUACAAAAGAUAUACAGGAAUUUGCAUAUUAUACAUUACGUACAUUUACCUUACAACGUAAUAAUGAGACUAAUUUGAUGGAUCCUGAAUCGAGUGGUCUGAAUCAACAUCAUCGUGUUAUUGAUCCAAAUUCCAGUGUUGAAGAAAGAGAGAUAAAACAGUUUCAAUUCACAGCCUGGCCUGACUAUGGCACACCAGAUUACCCUCAACCAUUAUUAUUGUUUAUACGACGUGUCAGCCAAAUACGUUCUCAUCUCAUCCAUCAGAUGCAGCAAGAACGUUUAAUCAACGAUGAGAAACAUAACUCAAGAGAUUUAAAAUUAACACAACCGAAUGAUACUCGUAACUCUUUGAACUUAAAUUUAUCUGAUGAAAUAGGACCAUUAAUUGUACAUUGUUCAGCUGGAGUUGGACGCACAGGUGCAUUCAUUGUGAUUGAUUCACAACUCGAACGACUCAAGCAUGAGAAUUCCGUCGAUAUUUUCGGUGCAGUGUGUCGAAUGCGAGCUCAAAGGAAUUUUAUGGUUCAAACAGAAGAACAGUAUGCAUUUCUGUAUGAUGUUUUCGUAGAAGCAGCUGAAGUACAUGGCACUGAAGUUACAGCACACGGACUAUAUAAUCAUGUUGUAAAACUUCGUCAACCUGUUCCGACUUGUGUAUUAGCGCGCUAUAAUUUGCUACCCAAUGGUUUGCAAGAGGAAUAUUUUAACAGUGUUAAUAUAAAUAACAAUCAGUUGGCAUCAUCGAUAAAAAUUUCAAGUUUAGAACUGGAAUUUAAGAGAUUGAAUCGUAAUUUACUUAACAAGCGCCAAAUAUCUACAGCAUUAACAAACGAAAAUCGAAUGAAAAAUCGCGAUGCAGACGUACUGCCUUAUGAAUCCAAUCGUGUGUGUUUACCAGUAAUACGUGGAAUAACUGGGUCAGACUAUAUCAAUGCAAGUUAUAUUGACGGAUAUCGUAAGAACCGGGCCUAUAUUGCAACGCAGACGCCUCUACCAAGUACAGUCGAUGACUUCUGGAGAUUAAUCUGGGAAUGCAAUUCGCCCAUUAUAGUGGCAUUUUGUGACAAUCGAGAUGCUAACUUAGUACCAGCAGACGUUAAUCAGUACUGGCCAAGUAACAGGUCAACGAGAUAUCAGAAAAUAAUGGUUGAGCCUAUGGUUGAAUAUAAUAUGCCACAUUUCAUACUACGUGAAUUUAGACUCACUGAUACAACAGAUGGUCAGUCACGAACUUUACGACAAUUUCAACUCCAUGGAUGGCCAAACGACAGCAUAGUACCGAAAUCAGCCGAGGCAAUUAUUGAUUUGAUUGGACAAGUACAUAAAACUCAAACUCAGUUUGGACAAGAUGGUCCUAUAACUGUUCAUUGCAAUUCUGGGUCGGGAAGAACUGGUGUAUUUAUAUGCUUAAGUCUUUUAUUAGACAGGAUGAGGUGUGAAGGUAUGGUUGACAUGUUUUUAAUUACACGUAUGCUACGUACACAACGAAUAAAUACCAUACAGACAUCUGAUCAAUAUGCAUUCUGCUAUGCAGCUACUCUUGAAUAUUUAGCUUCGUUUGACCAUUACAUGAUAAAAACAGAAUUGUGUUAUCACAAUGGUUGUGUUAAUACCAUUUGUUGGGAUGACCGUGGUGAAUACAUUUUAUCGGGUUCAGACGAUAGAUGUAUUGCGAUCGCGAGUGCUUUUGCUGAGGACACCCAGAAUGACAACGUGUAUUCUCUGAAACUACCUGCAUACAGUAAUAUUUUCACAGCAAAGUUUCUUCCAUUCUCCGGUGGAAGCGAAAUAGUUGUUGGCUUCAAAUGUGGUUGUGUUGUGCACGUCAAUCCCAACUCUUCUAUUAAAGAAAGUUUGAAAAACGUCUUUUGCCAUGGCUUUGCUGUAUAUGAUAUUCUUACAACAAAUGAGAUGCCCACUUGCUUUAUCACACUAUCUCAUGAUCAAUCUGUGGCAAUUUUUGACACGAGAGUUUCGACGACUGUACACGAAAAUCAGAGCUGUAGUCGAGGAUGCUUUACUCAUACAAAUUCACCAUGGACCUCAAGGUUUUCUGCUGUCAGUCGUUUAAAGUUCCAGUUUCCCGUGACAGCAGGUGAUGUUCAUCCGUUAGAUGGAUGUCGUUCUAUCGCGUUAGCGACUGCGGAUGGCUUUGUACGUCUUCUUGAUUUCCGAAAGCUAGUCAACACAACGUCUUCCACAGCAGCUAUGGGGGAUUCACCGGUUCCUGUGCCGUUUCGUGUAGCCAGACCUCUGGGUUUACCUGGAAAGUUAAAUUCAAACCAAACUUUCCGGUUGGACUAUGGACCAUGCCACAUUACUUCAGUUAGAUUCGAGCCAAUUUAUGAUAGGAAUACCGCGCAGUUUUUGUUCCCCACUGGUCGGAGGCAGUCCGCGUUUUCAAAUACAGGGGGAAAACACCUACUUGUUAGCCACAUGUACUCUCCUGUUUUCUUAUAUGAUAUAAAUGCAGAAGAAUCCAUUGAAGAUUCCCAAGUAACACAACCUGAUUGGCUACCGGAUAGUGAUACAUCAUCUACUGAAUCUGAAUCUCCUGGUUCACCAGAAAGUAGUCCCAUUACAGAUCACAGUAUUCGUCUGACAACUGCUCUUUAUCGCUGGCUUACGCAUCAUCGAUCUAGAACAAGUGUCAACUCUGAGGACGAGAUAGCAGAUGGAUCUCCAACAGCUUCUACAAUUCAUUCAGAAUCAACGGAGAGAGAGACUGCUAAUCAAGAUUCUCAACAAAAAAUGAAAUUUCCUAUCGACUAUUUGACAGAUGAUUAUAUUUCUAAUGUCAUGAAAUCCGCUCCCAGAUGUCGUCAAGUAAUGAAAUUUAGUGGCCGUAUAUGUUGCAGCACUGUGAUAAAAGCGUCAACGUUUUGGGGACGGAAUUUUAUUCUUUCGGGAUCUGAGUGUGGUCAUUUAAUCGGUUGGGACCGUGCUACAGGAAAGCCUGUAAUCGCUAUUAAAGCAGAUGCAUCAGUUGUUAAUCGAAUUAUACCACAUCCCCAGUUACCAAUAAUUGCUGUAAGCGGAAUCGACCGGUCAAUAAAAAUCAUUGAACCAGAUCCAAACGUUUAUGAAGAAAAUGCUAAUGAUGAUAGUGAUGGUAGUGAAUUAUCAGCCUUUCAGAGAGUUGUGAAACAACACGAAGAGAAAGCCAGCGAGUUGUGUCGAACCAAUGAAAUAAAGACGAAACAAAUGCUGAGUUCUGGGAGUACUCAUUUGGAUAGUAUUGCUCGUGUACGGACUAGUAGAGUUGCAAGGAUGAUCUUACUGCGCAUAUUUCAUGGGCCAAAUGACUCUACUUCAACAGACCAUACGAACAGAGAUACAAAUUCGUCGGACUGA